CCACAAAUUAUUUGUCAUAAAAUAUCGAUUUUUCUUUGGUAUUUUAACAUCACUGUAGAGUUGAACCAUCGUUUGUAUCGUGUAUAUAUUCGAUGAUAAAUAAAUAAAAAUAAUACUACGUCUUUAUUGGAAAAAGUAUAAAGUAAUUCCGUGAAUGUAUUUGGCCUCCAGCGCGCAUAUUCGAAUUCGAAUCUAUCUUCCAGGCAAGCGGCUGUCAAUGUUAUUACAUGAAUCGGCCUGAUUGACCUUAGUACCUCUGGCUCUGGAGAGUUCUAUCACUUUAUCAGCGUGAUCUCGAAACCACACCAUAUUACAAGAACACGUCGGUGAAACAUGACUGAGCCAAUUAAUGUUGUGGUUACGGGAGCUGCAGGGCAGAUUGCCUAUUCCCUACUGUAUCAGCUUGCUGCUGGUUCAGUUUUUGGUCCAAACCAGCCAGUCAAUCUUCAUUUGCUGGAUAUUCCAGUCAUGAUGAAGGUUUUGGAUGGUGUAGUUAUGGAACUACAAGACUUGGCUCUUCCUCUUUUAGGAGAUGUCAUACCAACUGCUGACCCAGCUGUAGCUUUUAAGGAUGUUGCUGCUGCCUUUUUGGUCGGGGCAAUGCCCCGAAAGGAAGGAAUGGAACGAAAAGAUUUGCUAGCUGCCAAUGUAGAGAUCUUUAAAGUUCAAGGAGAAGCUUUGGACAAAUAUGCCCGAAAAGAUGUCAAGGUGUUGGUUGUUGGAAAUCCUGCCAACACGAAUGCUCUGAUUUGCUCUCAUUACGCACCAUCCAUUCCAAGAGAAAACUUCACAGCCAUGACUAGACUGGACCAGAAUCGUGCUCAAGCAGCUUUAGCAGCACGAUUGAACGUGAAGGUUGACAAAGUGAAGAAUGUGAUUAUCUGGGGCAAUCACAGUUCAACUCAAUAUCCGGAUGCCGCGCAUGCUACCGUGGCUCUUCCAUCUGGCGUCAAGCCAGUACUUGCGGCUGUAAACGAUGAAAAGUGGUUGAAUACCAGCUUUGUCGAAACAAUUCAGAAACGGGGCGCAGCGGUAAUAGCUGCCAGGAAAAUGUCAUCCGCGAUGUCAGCCGCUAAAGCGGCUGGAGAUCACAUGAGAGAUUGGUGGAUGGGUACGAAUUCAGGAGAAUGGGUCAGCAUGGGCGUCCUAUCUGACGGCAGCUAUGGAAUUCCAAAGGAUAUUGUAUUCUCUUUUCCAGUCGUUGUACAAAACAAACAAUACAAGAUCGUUCAAGGGCUUCCGAUUAACGACUUUGCAAGAUCCAAAUUAACCGCUACAGCCAACGAAUUAGAAGAAGAACGUACAGAAGCGAACAAUGUACUACACAAAAAGUGACUAGGUACUGGAAGCUAUAACUCCGAAGAUCGUUUGACUCGUUCAGCGAAAUUGUAAAGAUUAACGUUACUGUUUUUUGCAUGACACAUAAAUCAUGAUUAAAAUAUAAACUGUGGUUGUCCCAUGAAGUUUUCGUAAAAGGGACACCGCUGAAUCUGAUGUACAUUAUUAAUGGUGUGUGUAGGUUUUAUAUUACGUGGGAUCUAGCGAUACGCAGAUCUUUUCUAAAGGGCAAUGGAAUUGUUAAAUUACGUACGUUUGUAUUCAUAGACUGUAUAAAACAUGUAACAAAUUACGUUGAAAAAGAUGUUAUACUUUAUAA